UGGGUUCGGGGGUCCUUUCCAUCCUUUGUAGCUAUUUCUUCUGUGCAUUUAAUUUUAUGGCUCCUCCUCCACUCCGGUAAUCACACCUCCACCCUGCAGACAAGCUCCAGGGUGUUCGGUGCGGCGCGGGCUGUAGUCUUGGGAGCAAGCCGUGCCCCUGCAGCCCUUCUCACCCCCUCGAGGGGCGGGGGCGAGAAAGUAGCAGCCGCGCCCCCAGCCCUGCCGCCCGCGUCUUUCCUCGUUAGCUGUGGAACAGGCUGCCGCGGGGAGCGCAGCCGGAGGCGGCGCAGCGCGGCUGCAGCGCCGGCGAGUCCCGGGAGCUGCUUGCAGCGCGGCACAAAGUUUCCUGUGGGCGGCCCCCGGUGGCUGCAGUCCGCGGAGCCGGGUGGCCCAGCCAAAGAGUGGCGGGUGGGUCUUUCGGGGCUCCAGGUGACCCCCUCUGCCGACGCAGCGCCGACGCAGAGUGCCAAGCGAACUUUAAAAAGCUGCUUGCCACGAGCCUGCGCGGGGAUUCCCACAGUCGGGGACCCCGGAGCGGAAGCGUCCUGCUUGAGGGAAGCUGGGAGACCCGCUCAGCCGGUGACGGGCAACUUUCCGGCGAGACUUUGCUGCGGAGAACUGCGCUCUGCCGCUUUUAUCCUCCUAGGCUCAGCCCACGUUGGCGUCCUGCUUUGGUGGAGAGCUAGAUGCGUUCUACGCCCGGGCUGUGAGUGAAUUGACUCCCCUCCCGCCGCGGCGUCUCAGGGCUGAUGUGAGUGUUGCUCUCGGCUGGCCCAUCGUCUCAUUUCCCCGGAGGUAACCGCCUGCCGCCCGCCGCUCUCCGUGCGCCUGGCCCGGAGCGCAGGAGUCAGCGUUUUGGUCGAGAGCUGGUUCUUGGAUGCUAAAGGCUGUGCCUCUCCAGCGCAGGUGCCGAGGCGGCAAUGGGUGUCUUCAAACUGUGGCUUGGGGUGGCCUUAGUAUUGGCGGAAUUCGCAGUAUUGCCUCAUUAUUCUGAAGGUGCUUGUUUCUAUCAGGGUUCCUUGUUGGAGGAUGCUACAAUUUGGAAGCCCGAUUCAUGCCAGAACUGCCGUUGCCAUGGCAAUAUCGUUAUUUGCAAACCUGCUGUUUGCAGAAACCCUCAGUGUGCCUUUGAAAAGGGAGAAGUGCUUCGCAUAGGUGCCAACCAGUGCUGCCCUGAGUGUGUGCCGAGGACUCGCGGGUCUUGCCAUCACGGAAAGAACAUCCAUGCGCACGGGACAGAGUGGGCCUCCUCCCCGUGUAGCAUGUGCUCUUGCACUCACGGAGAAGUGCGGUGCUCCCGCCAACCAUGCCCCCCGCUGCUGUGUGGACACCAGCAGCUGGAAUUCAUCCCUGAGGGAGGCUGCUGCCCAGUCUGUGUGGGCCCUGGGAAACCCUGUACCUAUGAAGGCCGAGUGUUUCAGGAUGGGGAGGACUGGCCCCUGAGUCGGUGUGCCAAAUGUGUGUGUAGAAAUGGGGCCACACAGUGCUUUGCAGCUCAGUGUCAGCCUCUGUUUUGUAACCAGGAUGAAACUAUAGUCCGAGUCCCUGGAAAAUGUUGCCCACAGUGCUCUUCCGGAUCCUGCUCUGCAUCAGGCCUAGUAUAUGAGCAUGGUGAGCAGUGGAGUGAAAAUGCCUGCACCACGUGCAUAUGUGACCAGGGUGAGGUCAGGUGCCACAAACAGGCCUGCCCUCCAUUAAGAUGCAAAAAGGGUCAGAGAAGGGCUCAGCGCCACGGGGAAUGCUGUGAGGAAUGCGUGCCUUCUGCCGGGAGCUGCUCUCAUGGUGGGACCGUGCGGUACCAGGAUGAAAUGUGGAAGGGCUCGGCCUGCGAGUUCUGCGUGUGUGACAGUGGCCAAGUGACCUGCCAGACUGGAGAGUGUGCCAAAGUGGAGUGUGCCCAGGAUGAAGAAUUAAUUCACUUAGAUGGAAAAUGCUGUCCUGAAUGCAUUUCAAGGAAUAGCUAUUGUGUUUAUGAAGAAAAUGCAGAAUUUAUGUCCUCAAAUGUGAGUGAAGUUAAACAUAUUCCAGAGGGGGAGAAGUGGGAGGACGGCCCUUGCAAGGUGUGUGAGUGCCAGGGGGCUCAGGUAACUUGCUACGAGCCCUCUUGUCCACCAUGUCCAGUGGCCACCCUAGCCCAGGUGGCAGAGGGACGGUGCUGUCCAGAUUGCACAUCAGCUCAUUGCCACCCAGACUGCUUAACCUGCUCUCAGUCUCCGGACCACUGUGACCUCUGCCGGGACCCGACAAAGCUGCUGCAGAACGGACAGUGUGUGCACAUCUGUCCUCUGGGAUUUUACCAGGCUGGUGCUCUCUGUCUAGCCUGCCAGCCUCAGUGCUCUACAUGUACCAGUGGGCUGGAGUGCUCAUCCUGCCAGCCCCCCCUGCUGAUGCAGCACGGCCAGUGUGUGUCCACCUGCGGGGAUGGCUUCUACCAAGAUCGCCACUCCUGUACAGUUUGCCACGAGUCCUGCGCUGCCUGCUGGGGCCCCACAGAGAAGCACUGCUUGGCCUGCAGAGCCCCCCUCCAGGUGCUGAGAGAGGGCGGCUGUGAGAGCAGCUGUGGAGAUGGGUUUUACAACAAGCAGGGGACCUGCAGUGCUUGUGAUCAAUCAUGUAAGAGUUGUGGCCCCAAUAGUCCCAGAUGUCUUACCUGUAUUGAGAAGACAGUGUUGCAUGAUGGGAAAUGCAUUUCCAAAUGCCCUGGUGGGUACUACGCUGAUGCCACUGGCAGAUGCAAAGUGUGUCAUAACUCGUGUGCCAGCUGCUCUGGACCCACGGCCUCUCACUGUGUGGCCUGCAUCCACCCCCGGGCUCUGCAUCAAGGCCACUGUCUGCCCAGCUGUGGAGAGGGCUUCUACUCUGACCAUGGGGUCUGCAAAGCUUGUCAUUCCUCUUGCCUGAGCUGUGUGGGACCAGAGCCCUCUCACUGUGCCCAGUGUAAGGAGCCGGAGGAAGGACUGCAGGUCGAGCAGGUGUCUGGGGCAAACAUCGCCUCUGGCAAGUGUCUGUCCCAGUGCAGAGCCCAGUUUUACUUGGAGAACACUGGGCGGUGUGAAGCUUGCCACCGGUCCUGCUCUGAGUGUGAGGGGAAGAGCCCACAUAACUGCACAGCCUGCUGGCCUUCCCACGUGCUGCUGAACGGGCAGUGCCUCCCACAGUGCCCAGACGGCUACUUUAACCAGGAAGGCAGUUGUACAGAAUGCCACCCCACCUGCAGACAGUGCCGUGGGCCAUCAGAGUCUGACUGCGUUUCCUGUCACCCGCACGUCGCCCUUGCUAGUGGGAACUGCAGGGCCAGCUGUAAGGAAGAGAAGUUCCUCGACCUCAUGGGGCACUGUGCUGACUGCCAUCCUCUGUGCCAGCAUUGUGUGGCCGAUCUCCACAGCCCUGGGAGCAUCUGCCUGAGGUGCCAGAAUGACCGGUACCUGCUGCUAGGGGACCACUGUGCUCCCAGUUGCCCUUCUGGAUACUACGCAGAGAGAGGAGCUUGUAAAAAGUGUCACUCCUCCUGCAGAACUUGCCAGGGCAGAGGACCCUCCUCCUGCUCCUCAUGUGCCGCCGGCCUCACCCUGUCCCACCGCGGCACCUGCAGUACCAGCUGCUUCCCAGGGCACUAUCCCGAUGACGACCGUGUUUGCCAGCCAUGCAAUGCCCAUUGUAGCAGCUGUGAUUCUCAGGCCAGCUGUACCUCCUGCCAAGACCCAAACAAGGUCCUGCUCUUUGGGGAAUGUCAGUAUGAGAGCUGUGCCCCACAGCACUAUCUUGACUUCUCCACCAAGACAUGCAAAGAGUGUGACUGGAGUUGCAAUGCAUGCAGCGGGCCUCUGAGGACAGACUGCCUGCAGUGCAUGGAUGGCUACCUUCUCCAGGAUGGUGCCUGUGUGGAGCAGUGCUCACCAUCGUUUUACAGGGACCUGGGCUUCUGCAAAAGCUGCAACAGCCACUGUCUCCAGUGCCAAGGUCCCCAUGAGUGCGCUCGCUGUGAAGAGCCAUUUCUCCUCUUGGAAGCCCGGUGUGUCCAGGAGUGUGGGAAGGGGUACUUUGCAGAUCAUGCAAGUCACAAAUGCACAGCCUGCCCUCAGGCGUGCUCGCAGUGCAGCCACUGGGACCAGUGUCACCUCUGUGACCGUGGGUUCCUUCUGAAGAAUGGCCUUUGCAUUUCCAGCUGUGUUCCCGGCUUCUCUGUCCACUCCUCCAAUGAAACAUGUGCUGACAAAAUACACACUCCCAGUCUUCAUGUGAAUGGUUCCCUCACUCUUGCCAUCGGUUCAAUGAAGCCCCUGGAUUUUUCCCUCCUGAACGUCCAUGACCAGGACGGCAGGGUUGACGAGCUUCUGUUUCACGUUGUGAGCACUCCCACCAAUGGUCAGCUAGUGCUCUCAAAGGAUGGAAAAGAGGUUCAGCUCGACAAGGCAGGCCGUUUUAGCUGGAAAGAUGUAAAUGAGAAAAAAGUGCGUUUUGUGCACAGCAAAGAAAAACCCAGGAAAGGUUACUUUUUCCUGAAAGUUAGUGACCAGCAAUUCUUCUCUGAGCCACAGCUGAUCAACAUACAAGCAUUUUCAACACAGGCCCCCUAUGUGCUGAGAAAUGAGGGCCUCCGUAUUAGCCGAGGAGAGAGGAGCACCAUCACCACCCAGCUGCUUGACAUCCGAGAUAAUGACAACCCACAGGAUGUAGUCAUUGAAGUGCUCAGUCCUCCCCUUCAUGGCCAGUUGCUCCAAACCCUUCAGUCCCCUGCAACCCCUGUCUAUCAGUUCCGACUGGAUGAACUCUCCAGGGGCCUUCUCCACUACGCGCAUGAUGGCUCAGAUAGCACGUUUGAUGUUGCGGUCUUGCAGGCCAGUGAUGGACACUCCUUCCAAAAUAUACUGUUCCAUGUGAAGACUGUGCCCAAGAAUGAAGGGGGUCUUCGGCUUGUGGCUAAUUCAAUGGUGUGGGUUCCAGAAGGGGGGAUGCUGCAGAUUACCAACAGAAUCUUACAGGCCGAAGCUCCAGGUGCCAGUGCCUCAGAAAUCAUCUACAAAAUUACGCAGGACCACCCCCAAUUCGGGGAGGUUGUCCUUCUGGUUAACAUGCCUGCAGACAGCCCGGCAGAUGAAGGGCAGCACCUGCCUGAUGGGAGGACAGCAACGCCCACCAGCACCUUCACCCAGCAGGACAUCAACGAAGGCGCCGUGUGGUACAGGCACUCGGGAGUGCCAGCCCAGGGCGACUCCUUCAGCUUCCAGGUGUCCAGUGCCACGGAGGCCCACGCCCACCUGGAGAGCCGCAGGUUCAACAUCGCGAUCUUACCACAGAUGCCUGAAGCGCCUAAACUCUCCCUGGGAGCAUCUCUUCAUAUGACUGCUCGGGAAGAUGGUUUGACUGCGAUUCAGCCCCAUUCCCUCUCCUUUGUAAACUCUGAGAGGCCAAGUGGAAAGAUUAUAUACAAUAUCACUCUACCUCUGCAUCCAAAUCAAGGGAUUAUUGAACACAGGGACCAACCUCACUCUGCCAUUCGGUAUUUCACACAGGAAGAUAUUAACCAGGGCAAAAUCAUGUACCGUCCUCCUGCUGCGGCUCCCCACCUGCAGGAGAUCAUGGCCUUCUCCUUCGCUGGACUCCCAGAAACGGUGAAAUUCCACUUCACAGUUUCGGAUGGAGAACACACAAGUCCAGAGAUGGUCCUCACCAUUCACUUGCUUCCCACUGAUCUGCAGCCGCCCAUGUCCCGGGUCACAGCUCCAUUGCUUGAGGUCAGCCCAGGAGGCAGCACUUCUAUAGGACUUGAGGUAGCAGUAGGGGAGACCGAGGCAGCACCUGGACAGCUCUUCUUUGAGCUUCGGAAGCCUCCACAGCAUGGUGUGCUCCUCAAGUACACAGCUGAGUUCCCAGGGCCCAUGGCCGCAGGUGAUACUUUCACAUAUGAGGAUAUUGAGAAAAAUGUUCUGCAAUAUCUACAUGAUGGCUCCUCUGCCCGGGAAGAUAGCAUGGAGAUCUCAGUGUCAGAUGGCAUCUCAGUGACAACUGUGGAAGUGAACGUGGAGGUGUUGGGGUCAGAGGGCCAGGGGCCGAGGCUGGCUGCUGGCGCCUCUCUGAGCAUUGCGGUUGCUAGUAAGAGCACAGCCGAAAUCACCAGGUCGCACCUUGCUUAUGUUGAUGAUUCUUCAUCUGACCCUGAGAUCUGGAUUCAGUUAAGUUCUCUGCCCAUGUAUGGUGUUCUCUUAAGAAUCUCAGGACCUGAGGUGGAAGAACUCUCAGAGGUUUCCAAUUUCACAAUGGAAGACAUCAACAACAAGAAAAUUAGGUAUUCAGCUGCUCUUGAAACUGAUGGCCAUGUGGUUGCUGAUAGCUUCCGUUUCUCUGUCUCUGAUACAGACCACAACCGUCUGGAUGAUCAGAUGUUUACCAUCAUGAUCACUCCUGUUGAGAAUCCACCUCCAGUCAUUGCUUUCGCUGACCUUAUCACGGUUGAAGAGGGAGGGAGAGCCCCACUCUCGUUUCACCAUUUCUUUGCUGCUGAUGAGCAUGAGCACCUCCAGGGAGAUGCCGUCAUAAAACUAAGCGCUCUGCCCAAAUACGGCUGCAUUGAGAACACGGGAACAGGUGAUCGUUUUGGCCCUGGAACUACCAGUGACCUGGAGGCAUCGUUUUCUAUUCAAGAUGUCCUGGAAAACUACAUUUACUACUUUCAGAGUGUUCAUGAAAGCAUUGAGCCAACCCAUGAUAUUUUUAGUUUUUAUAUAAGUGAUGGAAACAGUCAUUCAGAAAUCCACAGCGUCAACAUCAACAUUGAGAGGAAGAAUGACGAGCCUCCCAGGAUGACCUUGCGGCCCCUUGGUGUGCAGCUAGGCUCAGGAGUGGUGAUAAGCAAUUCUUCUUUGACCCUGCAAGACCUGGACACUCCAGAUAAUGAGCUGACUUUUGUAUUGACAAAAAAGCCUGACCACGGUCAUCUGCUCAGGAGGCAAACUGCUUCUGAGCCUCUGGAGAAUGGGAGGGUUUUAGCUCAGGGCUCCUCCUUCACCUACCAGGAGGUCCUGGCCGGGCUGGUUGGGUACAUGCCAGGUGGUCCAGGUGUGGCAAUGGAUGAGUUCCGGUUCUCCCUGUCCGAUGGCCUCCACACAGACACAGGCAGGAUGGAGAUACACAUACAGCUGCCUACAAGUGAUGCCCCCCACUUGGCUGUAAACCAAGGCCUACGGCUCUCAACAGGGUCUGUGGCACGCAUCACAGAACAGCACUUGAAAGUGACAGACAUUGACUCAGAUGAGCAUCAGGUGAUAUACAUCGUGAAGGAAGAUCCCAGCUCAGGGCACCUGCAGAUGGUAAAGCCUGACAGCGUAGAGCAAAUCUCCGUUAAAGGCCCCAUCCGAAGUUUCACCCAGAUGGACAUUGGCCAAGGCCGUGUAGAAUACAGCCAUGGAAAAGGAGAAUCCGGUGGGAGCUUUGCUUUUAAAUUUGAUGUGGUUGAUGAAGAAGGAAACAAAUUGACUGGCCAGUCAUUUUCCAUCAUUGUUUUAGAAGACAAAUCCCCACCAGUCAUCAUCACCAAUAAUGGGCUGAUCUUGGAUGAGAACUCAGUGAAGAAAAUCACGACUCUGCAGCUCUCUGCCACUGACCAGGAGGGUGAGCCUGCAGAACUGAUCUAUAGAAUCACUGGACAGCCCCAGUUGGGCCACCUGGAGCAUGCAGCAUCACCAGGUAUCCAGAUUAGUUCCUUCACUCAAGCUGACCUAACCUCACGAAAUAUUCAGUAUAUCCACACCAGUGAGACUGAGAGACAUUCAGAUGCCUUCAGCUUUACGCUGUCAGAUGGAGUCAAUGAGGUGACUCAGACUUUCCAUAUCACUCUUCGCCCUGUGGACGAUUCACUGCCAGUUGUACAGAACGUAGGAAUGCAGGUCCAGGAGGGUAUGAGGAAGACCAUCACAGAGUUUGAGCUCAAGGCAGUGGAUGCAGACACAGAGGCUGAGUCUGUCACAUUCAGCAUUGUGCAGCCCCCACGCCAUGGCACCAUCGAGCGAACCAGCAAUGGGCAGCGUUCCCAGCACACCUCCACCUUCACCAUGGAAGACAUCUACCAGAACCGGGUCAGCUACAGCCAUGAUGGCAGCAACUCCCUCAGAGACCGGUUCACCUUCAUGGUUUCUGAUGGGACGAAUCCCUUCUUUAUUAUUGAGGAAGGAGGAAAAGAGGUUAUGACGGCCGCACCUCAGCAGUUCCGAGUAGCCAUCCUCCCCGUGGAUGACGGCAGCCCUAGAGUCGUCACUAACCUGGGGCUUCAAUGGCUGGAGUAUAUGGACAGCAAGGCAACCAACCUGAUCACCAAGAAGGAACUGCUGACCACGGACCCGGACACCGCAGACCUGCAGCUCAUCUAUGAGAUAACGGAGGGCCCGAAGCAUGGCUAUGUGGAGAGCAAGCUGCAGCCUGGCCAGCCUGCUGUUACUUUCACACAGGAGGAUGUGAACUUGGGGUUGAUCCGUUACGUGUUGCAUGAGGAGAAGAUCCACGAGGUGAUGGAUAGUUUUCAGUUUCUGGUGAAAGACAGUAAGCCUAACGUGGUCGGCGACAAUGUCUUCCAUGUUCAGUGGUCCCUCAUCAGCUUCAAAUAUACCAGCUACAAUGUCAGUGAGAAGGCAGGGUCCGUCAGCGUCACAGUGCAGAGGACCGGGAACCUGAACCAGUAUGCCAUCGUCCUGUGUCGCACCAGGCAGGGCACCGCCAGCUCUGGCGUCAGCUCCCAGGCUGGACAGCAAGACUAUGUGGAGUACGCUGGCCAGGUGCAGUUUGAUGAGCGAGAGGACACCAAGUCCUGCACCAUUGUCAUCAAUGAUGAUGAAGUGUUUGAGAACAUCGAGAGUUUUACCGUGGAGCUCAGCAUGCCAGCAUAUGCCCUCUUAGGGGAGAUCACCCAGGCGAAGGUCAUUAUCAAUGACACUGAGGACGAACCCACAUUAGAGUUUGAUAAGAAGACCUACCGGGUCAACGAGAGCUCUGGUUUUCUAUUUGCACCUGUUGAAAGAAAAGGGGAUUCAAGCAGCAUUGUAUCUGCGAUUUGCUACACAGUCCCUAAGUCAGCUAUGGGAAGUAGCCUCUAUGCUCUAGAAUCAGGCUCUGAUUUUAAAUCUAGAGGGAUGUCUGCUGAGAGUCGUGUGACAUUUGGGCCUGGUGUCACCAUGUCCACCUGUGAUGUCAUGCUCAUUGAUGACAGCGAGUACGAGGAGGAAGAAGAGUUUGAGAUUGCCCUAGCAGAUGCUUCUGACAAUGCCCACAUCGGAAAGAUAGCAUCGGCCAAGGUGCUCAUUAAUGGUCCCAAUGAUGCCUCCACUGUAUCCCUGGGCGACACAGCUUUCACUGUCAGUGAGGAUGCAGGCUCAGUGAAGAUUCCAGUUGUCCGCCAUGGGACCGACCUUUCUACUUUCACGUCUGUGUGGUGUGCCACACGGCCCUCAGACCCAGCUUCUGCCACUCCAGGAGUGGACUAUGUUCCCAGCUCGAGGAAGGUGGAGUUUGGGCCAGGUGUCACAGAGCAGUAUUGCACCUUGACUAUCUUGGAUGACACUCAGUAUCCAGUAAUUGAAGGGCUGGAGACAUUUGUGGUUUUCCUUAGCUCAGCACAAGGUGCCGAACUGACCAAGCCCUUCCAGGCUGUCAUUGCUAUUAAUGACACGUUCCAGGAUGUGCCUAGCAUGCAGUUUGCCAAGGAUUUGCUCCUAGUGAAGGAGAAGGAGGGUGUCCUGCACGUGCCCAUUGUUCGGAGUGGAGACCUGAGCUAUGAGUCAUCAGUGAGGUGCUAUACUCGGGGCCAUUCAGCUCAGGUUGUAGAGGACUUUGAGGAGAGAAGAAAUGCAGAGUCUUCACGGAUUAUCUUUCUGAAAGGGGACAAAAUGAAGAACUGCACGGUUUCCAUCCACGAUGACUCCAUGUUUGAGCCUGAGGAGCAGUUCAGAGUCUACCUCGGUCAUCCUCUUGGAAACCACUGGAGUGGUGCCAGAAUCGGAAAGAAUAACGUGGCCACUGUCACCAUAUCCAAUGAUGAAGAUGCCCCCACCAUUGAGUUUGAAGAACCUGCAUACCAAGUCCGGGAGCCCUCGGGGCCAGAUGCUAUGGCCAUCCUGAACAUCAAAGUGAUCCGCAGAGGGGAUCAGAACAGGACAUCCAAGAUUCGCUGUAGCACACGGGAUGGAUCUGCCCAGUCGGGUGUGGAUUAUUACCCAAAGAGCCGAGUCUUGAAGUUCAGUCCUGGUGUGGAUCACAUCUUUUUCAAAGUCGAGAUCCUGUCCAAUGAAGACCGGGAAUGGCAUGAGUCUUUCUCCUUAGUGCUGGGCCCAGAUGACCCAGUGGAAGCAGCUCUUGGCGACGUGACCACCGCCACAGUGACCAUCCUAGACCAGGAGGCGGCAGGCAGUCUCGUGUUGCCAGCGCCACCCAUUGUUGUCACACUUGCUGACUAUGACCAUUUAGAAGAUGUUACCAGAGAAGGAGUCAAGAAAGCCCCCUCUCCAGGCUACCCACUGGUCUGUGUCACCCCCUGUGACCCUCAUUUCCCCAAGUAUGCCAUCAUGAAGGAACGCUGCAGUGAGGCUGGCAUCAACCAAACGUCUGUGCAGUUCAGCUGGGAAGUGGCCAGCCCCACUGAUGGCAAUGGGGCCAGGUCUCCCUUUGAGACCAUCACUGACAACACACCAUUCACUAGUGUCGACCACAAGGUCCUGGAUAGCAUUUACUUCAGCCGGAGGUUCCAUGUGCGUUGUGUGGCAAAGGCAGUGGACAAGGUGGGCCAUAUGGGGACCCCCUUAAGGAGCAACAUUGUUACCAUUGGGACAGACAGUGCUAUCUGUCACACCCCAGUGGUGGCUGGGACAGCGAGAGGCUUCCAGGCUCAGUCCUUCAUCGCAACCUUGAAAUAUCUGGAUGUCAAGCACAAGGAGCAUCCAAACAGAAUCCACAUUUCAGUGCAGAUCCCUCACCAGGAUGGAAUGCUGCCCCUUAUCUCCACCAUGCCAUUGCACAACUUGCAUUUUUUGUUAUCUGAAUCCAUCUACAGACACCAGCAUGUCUGCUCCAAUCUUGUCACCACCCGCGACUUGAGAGGCAUCUCAGAUGCAGGGUUCCUGGACGAUGCAGUCUACGACAGCACAGCCCUCGGGCCUGGCUAUGACCGCCCCUUCCAGUUUGACCCCAGCGUGCGGGAGCCCAAGAGCAUCCAGCUCUACAAGCAUCUGAACCUGAAGAGCUGCGUCUGGACCUUUGAUGCCUAUUACGACAUGACCGAGUUAAUUGAUGUCUGUGGGGGGUCUGUAACUGCUGACUUCCAGGUGAGAGACUCUGCCCAGUCCUUCCUGACAGUGCACGUGCCUCUCUAUGUGUCCUACAUCUACGUGACGGCCCCCAGGGGCUGGGCCUCCUUGGAGCACCACACCGAGAUGGAGUUUUCCUUCUUCUAUGACACUGUUCUCUGGAGAACAGGAAUCCAGACAGACAGUGUGCUCUCUGCAAGGCUGCAGAUAAUACGAAUCUAUAUUCAAGAGGAUGGUCGUCUCGUCAUUGAAUUCAAGACCCAUGCGAAAUUCAGAGGACAAUUUGUGAUGGAGCACCACACCCUCCCUGAUGUGAAAUCAUUCAUAUUGACUCCAGACCACCUAGGAGGAAUUGAAUUUGACCUGCAGCUCCUAUGGAGUGCUCAGACUUUUGAUUCUCCAUAUCAACUCUGGAGAGCCACAAGCUCUUAUAACAGGAAGGACUACUCAGGGGAGUACACCAUCUACCUGAUCCCCUGCACGGUACAGCCUACGCAGCCAUGGGUCGAUCCAGGCGAGAAGCCUCUGGCCUGCACUGCACAUGCCCCAGAAAGGUUCCUGAUCCCCAUUGCAUUCCAGCAGACCAACCGCCCCGUGCCAGUGGUGUAUUCACUCAAUACUGAAUUUCAGCUCUGCAACAAUGAGAAGGUGUUCCUAAUGGAUCCCAAUACAUCUGAUAUGUCACUGGCGGAAAUGGAUUACAAAGGGGCCUUCUCAAAAGGUCAAAUCCUUUAUGGCCGAGUACUCUGGAAUCCAGAACAAAACCUUAACUCUGCUUACAAACUCCAGCUGGAGAAAGUCUAUCUUUGUACUGGCAAGGAUGGCUAUGUGCCUUUCUUUGAUCCCACGGGGACCAUCUACAACGAAGGGCCACAGUAUGGAUGCAUUCAGCCUAACAAGCACCUGAAGCACAGAUUCCUGCUGCUGGACCGCAGUCAGCCUGAGGUAACCGAUAAGUACUUCCAUGAUGUGCCCUUUGAGGCCCACUUUGCUUCCGAGUUGCCUGAUUUCCAUGUGGUCAGUAGCAUGCCAGGUGUGGAUGGAUUUACUCUGAAAGUAGAUGCACUCUAUAAGGUGGAGGCGGGACACCAGUGGUAUCUCCAAGUGAUCUACAUCAUUGGCCCUGGCACCAUCGCAGGGCCUCGGGUCCAGCGCUCUCUCACGGCCCCUGUGAGGCGCAGCCGAAGGGACCUGGUGGACCCCAGCGGCCAUCUGACCCUUGAUGAUUCCCUCAUCUAUGACAAUGAAGGGGACCAAGUCAAGAAUGGUACGAAUAUGAAGUCCCUGAAUCUGGAGAUGCAGGAGCCAGCUGUAGCUGCCUCUCUGUCCCAAACUGGGGCAUCUGUUGGCAGCGCCCUUGCUGCUGUCAUGCUUCUACUUCUGGUGCUUUUGGUGGCUUGUUUCAUCACCAGGAAAUGCCAGAACCAGAGGAGGAAACCGCCCCCAGAGGACAUUUUGGAGGAAUACCCCCUGAACACCAAGGUGGAUAUGCCCAAGAGGAACCUGGACAGGGUGGAGAAGAAUGUAAACAGACACUACUGCACCGUGCGGAAUGUCAACAUACUGAGUGAAACUGAGGGGGCUUACUCAUUCAAAGGUGCCAAAGUAAAAAAAUUGAAUCUGGAAGUCCGAGUUCACAACAAUUUACAAGAGGGAACAGAAGUUUAAUGGAGGAGACCCAUGUGUAUUUUUUUCUAAAUCAGUUUUAUAAAACGGGGUAAAAUACUGUUAUUUUUAUAGCCUCACAGAUUACAAAGGGAAGACUAUAGCUUUGAGUGGUGGGAGGCACACAUCACAUGCAUCAACGCACAACUGAGCUACCUCAUUAAGCAAAGAACCGCUAAGACCCCCAGAGUACUAGCGUAGAGUUCUUCUGGUAGACCCCUCUAAUAGUCUCUGCAGGUACAAAUUGCUCCUUCUGUUAGGCUGAUCUUAGAAAGCAAGUGUUUUAAUAUUAAGAUGGGGGUUGGACUAUUAGGUUAGCUGAAGGAGUUCAGAGGGCUGGGCAAUGUACUGUGGUAGAUCUCAGAAAGAGAGCGGGGUCCAGGCCUUUGGUUCCCCACCACCACCUCCAGCUCUCUUACACCUGGGCUUUUCUUCGGCCUCUGCACAGCAGAGUUCAAAUUGCCUACACCCAGCCCAGAUUCCAUUUAGAGUUCUGCUAAUCAGCACAACUGAUAGGUUUUCUCAUUGCAGCCGCCCAACAGCCUGCACUCCGUGGCUUUGAAUUGAACUUUGCAUUUUCACAGCCCUUUUCACAUGGGGGUUUCAAAGUGCUCUUGACUAGAGCACCUCUCUGCAACCUGGGCAUGCCCUGUCAGAUGUCUGGCAGGCUCAACUCCAUUUCAGAGGGGGAAAGAGACGUGGGGAAAAGAGGGGCCUGGCAAGCAUCUCAGAGCACCUUAGUGAUGUGCCAUGCCAGGCCCAGGGCGUGUCCCUGUGUCCUCUCUGAUUAAGGAUACUGCAGAGCAAGAUGGAUGCACCUGGCCUUUUUAUUCUACAUUGCCAUGGAUGCUUAAAAUACCCACCAUGCUUUGCUAUCUGGGAGCUGUUUUAUUCUUCUAGGGUUCCAGGAAAGUAAGUGAUUCACUUGAAGAGAGCAAAUCAGGAGAAAGCCCAGGUCAGAGCGAAAUCAGUCAGUAGAUACCAGCUAGCGCUCACAGCAGAUUGAAGUGUGAGUACAGCAGAUGAAGGCACCACUCCUCUUACAGUUUGUCAGGGGUGUCUCUUCUGGGGGUUCUUUUCUGGUAGCUCAGGCGCUUAUUUUAUCAUAUCAGCACAUGACAAGACCAUAGCCACGUGGCUUUAAAAUGAUUAGUGUUCAAAUAGCAGCUUAAUGAUUUUGUAUGUAGUGUGCACACAGCUUGCUUUUGUGUUUCUUCUUUGUUUCUGCCUUAUUGGCAAAAAACAUAAGCAUGCAUGUUACGUUGUUUUGAGUUGGAGGCACAAUUUCAUUGUUCAGGAGUAAAAUACAUGUUCUCUUCCUAAUGCAUGGCACACCAUAACCACUGAGCAAAUAACAGGGCAUUUGCAUUGUGUAAUAUUUGUAUUAGAAUGACCCAAGCUCUCUAAGAACAUUCCAGACUGGACACACUUUGGCACUAGAAGCUAGAAAGAAUGGACUGUGAGAGGUUGUAGGCAACUCCACCAGACUCCAAACUGCUUGAGAGAAGGACCUGUGUGAGCUGUGCCUUUGGUUCUCAGCAGUUCCUUGCACAUACCAAGCACUCUAGAAAUAUUUGUGAAGUAAACAACUGAGUGGUGUCAUGGGUGAAUGAUAGAGGAAUAAAUUUACAAAGGGGAGGUGAGAGAGUGUGGUGGCAAUGUCACAAGGGCAAGUAGAGAAAAAAAUAUCCAAAACUCUCUCUUCUAUUUGGAUUAUAAAAUAAUCUCAUUGGAACAAAGAAGCUCCACCUGAUAAAAAAUGAAGAUGGCAUGGUCUUAAGGAGGACUGAACAGAAAAAUCUUAAUAAUGCAUUAGCAGGAGGUGACACCACGAAUCAGUUUCCAGAGCAAGACAUUCAGAGGAAAGUCUAAAUUUCAUUCUAAGAUGAGCGUAAGAUUUUCAGGAGAGGAAUGAAUUGGGGUGAGCCUGGGGCCUGACACUCCUGACUGGUCAGGUGCUGCAUGAGGCCGGCUUGGGUGGUUUGGGGCAGAACUUCUGUAUUGGCCUCAUGAACAACAUGGUGUCUCAUGGCUGGGGAACUCCGGUCAGGCCUGGAAUCUUCUGCAGAACAACCUGGAAGGUUAAUGCUCAUUCUGCAAGGACAGGAAGCCUGUCACUUGUGGAGCAACUUUUGAUUUGGCCUGUUAUUUGUAACUGCUCCUAGUUGCCAGAAUGCUUACUUUCCAUUUGCUCCAGUAUUCUUCUUGAACAUCCCUUCCCUUUACUACCAAAUAGGACACAUACAUGGGAAGUGUGCAGACAUAAGGUAGAAUGAAGCUAGUGUGGGAAGGGAUGGAGAGUGAGAUCUCAGAGUGCUCUUAGCAGCCUCGGGUACGCGGUGGUUGAGUGACAGGCAGCCUUCUGUGAGGACCUUCAGGGAGGUAAGUGUGUAAAAGGAAAGCCCUUGGGACACUCCUGCUUCCCUUUCUGCCUUCCCCCACUGCAUGCACUUCACCGAGUGCUCUUUUCUCUGGUGUAUGCACACUCAUUCAACAGAAAGGGUCAAGAUGUGAAGCUGAGUUGUGCUCCUUUGAUACAGGAUGUUUCAUUUUGUUUAUGUUUUAUACUUUACAUUAGAGAUCAGAUAAUUUGGUUACUGAUGUGAGAUUAUAUUUCAGUCAAAGCUCUCCUUUUGGUUCUCUAACUUGCUCACUAAUGCCUCAUGUGCAUUUUACUAAUGUUUUAUACCAUGCUUUUAGGUGAGAAGUAACAGAAAACCCUGAAGACUUGCUAUUUGCUAUCACAGGCUGGCUGUGAAAGUUAAAGAAAAGAGUCUAUACCUUUUUUCUGCCUUACUGCCCUUAUAUUGUGCCCCAGGCCUCCUGAAAGACUCCUGCAGAUGCAGAAAUAGCGUGGAAUGUGUUUGCACAGUCUCAUGAUAUUCAGUCUCAUCUAUAGGUGUUCAUUAUCCCUGGUACUAUAAACCUGCUCGGACUGAAUACAACAUUUGUGGUGCUGUCGACCUGAUUUCUGGACUCAAGUGAUUUUUGUAUUUCCAAUAUCAAUUUGUGUGUUAUGAAUUUCUGAUUGCUCCAAUAGCAUAUGCCACUAUAUAAAUUUGUAUUAAUAAAUGACAGUCUGGUUG